UGAUCAUCAACAAAUCCCCUUACAGGCUACAGAAACACGCAGUCAAAACAAACCUUACGAGAUAAACGAAACGGUCACGAGUAAUUAGAAAUGACUCCCAAGGACGAAGUAAGUCGCGCAUCCGAAAGCUGUGAAAAAAACAAAGACGGCAAAGAUGGAAUGCUUUACCGCGUGGAUGACAACCCUUCGUGGAUCUUGUGCAUUCUUUUAGGAUUUCAGCACUACCUGACUGCUUUUGGCUCCACCUUGUCCGUGCCGCUGAUUCUGGCCGGCCCACUGUGCAUGGGCGGCGACACAGUGGGGCUCAGUGAGCUCAUAGCCACCAUGUUCUUCGCUUCUGGAAUCACCACCAUUUUACAAACCAGUAUCGGAGUGAGGCUUCCCAUUAUUCAAGGUGCAACCUUCGCUCUCCUGGCUCCUACACAAAGUAUUCUCAGUCUCCCGGAAUGGACAUGUCCCAGCAAUAUUUCAGCUUCAAACAUCAGCGACUGUGUGGGUGGAAGUGGCAACUCCUCGGUGUGCGCUGAUCCACGGGAGCUGUGGUACCCUCGAAUUAGAGAAGUGCAGGGUGCCAUAUGUGUGGCUUCGUUAUUUCAAGUGGUUAUUGGCUGUUCUGGUGUCCUGUCCUUCUUCUUGCGAUAUAUUGGACCUCUGACCAUCGCUCCCACCAUCACUCUCAUUGGCCUCAGCCUCUUCGAGGUGGCGGCUUACAAGGCGUCCUCUCAUUGGUGGAUCUCUAUCACGACAAUUGUUCUCAUAGCCAUAUUUUCCCAAUACUUGAAGAACAUAGACAUCCCAGUUCCAAGCAUGAACAGGGGUAAAUCUUGCUCUGUAAUACGGCUGCCCGUCUUCAAGCUCUUCCCGGUGCUAAUCGCAAUGGUCUUGUCUUGGCUUUUGUGUCUGGCCUUGACCUUAGGAGGCGCUCUCCCUGAUGAGCCUGGUAGCUGGGGAUACAUGGCGAGAACUGACGUGUCUUCUUCUGUGUUGGCAGACAGCCCGUGGAUACGUAUUCCAUAUUCAGGCCAGUGGGGUAUGCCGACGGUGAGCGCUGGUGCGGUGUUUGGCAUGCUGGCUGGGGUGCUUGCCUCCAUGAUGGAGUCCGUUGGAGACUACUACGCUUGUGCCAGACUAGCUGAAGCACCACCCCCACCCCCAAACGCUGUCAAUCGAGGCAUUGCUGUGGAGGGUGUAUGCUGCAUCAUCACAGGGCUGCUCGGGACCGGAAACGGAAGCACAUCCUACAGUGAAAAUGUUGGCGCCAUCGGCAUCACCAAAGUAGGUAGCAGGAGAGUAGUGUUCACUGCUGGUGUCCUGCUGAUACUGUUGGGCUGCCUGGGAAAGGUCGGAGCGCUGUUUGUCACCAUUCCUGAACCUGUGGUCGGAGGCAUGUUCAUCUCUAUGUUCGGUAUGAUCACUGCUGUCGGUCUGUCCAAUCUUCACUUCGUGGAUCUGACCUCCACCAGAAACCUGUUCGUCAUAGCCUGCUCCCUGUUUUUCGGCCUGUGUUUCCCUCACUGGAUGUCGAAACAAAAGCACCCGAUUAACGUUGGUGUGCCCGCCGUUGACCAGAUUCUGACAGUACUCCUAAGCACAAGCAUGUUUGUAGGCGGUUUCAUUGGCUUUUUGCUUGACGUCACUCUCCCAGGUACGCUGAAAGAGAGAGGUAUGUUAACCUGGAGGUCAGAGGUCACAUCCAAUGACAAGGGCGAAAUGGUGGCCGAGAACAGGUGUGACGACAAAGGUCAGAGUCACAUCUACGACAUCCCGUUCCUGCAAAAGUACAUUGACCGAAUUCCGGCCUGCCGUUACGUGCCUGUCUUCGUCACCAAAAGUGCGAGUGGAGAAGAAACGGGCGCCAUGACUCUUGAAAAGAAAGAAAAGAACGAUAUUGUGUGAGGACCAAGAGACACAUUGAAAGAAAAGACUAUUUUGCACAUCUUUUUAAAUGUAAAUGUAUCUGACAAAGGAAUGCACAAAGACAUACUCAUACUUGCCUUCUCUAAGGUACAAAGGGGAAAACAUUUAAUCAAUAAGCUUAUUCAGAAACACACCUGGAUGCGCCAUUGCUGUGUGUGUGGGUUUUUUUUAGCUGAGUCAAUAAGGACAAACCGAAUCGCUACUAUCUUACAUUUUUAUUUGACAUUGAGACUGUAUAGCACUCAAGCACUGAAACAGAAGUUACGAAGUCCCGGUGUUCUCUCGAGCAUGGUGGGUAGUUGGAAUGUGUUUAAAUGUAGUUUACUCCUUAUUUCCUAUCAAAUAUCUAUCAUCCCUAUCACGUCUCUAAUCUUCGGCACCAACAUGACCUAACUGUGUUGCAUGCUGAUAAACUCGUUCUAUAACUAUAAACUCUGUAGAACGAGAUUAUUAGGAUUUCCUUCAUUUCUGUUUGAACACACGCUUACAUGAACAAACUGUCAUACAGUGUCUUUACACACAUUCAGUGACCCCCAAUGUUUCGUUAUAUUGUUAUGAUAUAACUGUACCAGGAAGGUGAUCUGAUAUGACGACAUUUUUUCGUGUACCUGCUGUUAUGGCAAAAUACUUGUAAGUUAAUCAGUGUUUUUCCAAAGUGCUGGUUAUCCACAUUCACGUCAAUAUUACUCUUCGUGGCUUGGGAUCAUGUGACUGUUUUUGUUUUGGAGUGAUAUACGAGUAUGUACCUACUACCGUUUGAGUGCAGUUAUUGUAGCAGCAGCAGUAAAUACUCUUGUGACUACAUACAAUAGGAAUAUCGCGCUAAAUUCCUAUUAUGAUUGUAUAGUCGGUGGCUUAGUGGUUAGGCUUGCAACAGUCAGGUCAUGGGUUCAUAUCCUGUCAGGGGCCCGACAUGUCUUUGGGAAAGGCACUUUACACAACUUUUCCCCAUUUCAACCAGGUGGGAAUGCGUAUCUAGCCAUAGACAGAAAAAAAUCUUAUCAGUAUGUUUGUGUUUUAGAGCCUAUAAAAUGGCUGCUCGCACUGUAU